AUGACUAAAUCAAUUCCUCUGUACGAAAGAGAUCUCUAUGACUCGCUUGCACAAACUUACUCCACCUUGCUGGCGUUGAAAAACGACCGCCACAAGUAUAUCAGUUCCCGCCAAGUGUACGCCAUCUACGACCUCUUCUUGAAGGAUGUGCAUGAGCUUUCUAUAGUUCGUAAAGAUGAGGAGCUCAAGGGAAUGACGCUUUCACUUCCCAACCAGACCGAUGUGCUCAUUGACGACAUCUGGCAAUUGCUCUCGCUAUCCUUCAUGACCUGUGGCCUCACCAAGUUCGCCCCAGCAACAUACCUGUCCUUAUCAACGGUGUACAAACUCCUCAGUCACUUGAAAGAGUGCCAGGUUUUUUCAAUUGAUGACUUGCGUCCCAUUAGAGCCCGCUUAGAUGAGAUCAGUCAAAUCAUAGCCAGCUCCGACGAGCAAGUGUCCGAGGACGAGGACCAGGAGACAACACAGGUAGAGAAGAAUGAAGGCAUUAACCAUCGCCGGGAGGAAACUCUUUUGUUGCGCAACAAAUUGGCAAAGUGUGUUCAAGUCUAUAAAGAAUUGGAGGACGCUUUCCACAGAAUUCCUGCUGAUUUGGAGUCCGUUUAUGGCGAGCUCAUUCAUGUCAGAAAGGCCAUCCUCAACUAUUUGUCUUUGGGAAAGAACAUCAGUGUGGACAAGAUUAAGGCUCUUAAGGUGGCUUUGAAGUCCAUCGAGAACAAGAGAGACUCAAUGGGUAAAUUUCCCAGCGAGGCCCCUGAAGAGGAGGUCAAAGUUGCCCAAAUGGUUCUUGACAACCUUCUUGACGACUGUAACAACUUGCUCCAUGACUUAGACAUACAACAUGACAACGGUAUUUCUCUUAAAUUUGAGUCGCUCUCCUUGGGCGAUGAUCUGUCUUCCGAGAUUCUUAAGGGUUUCAAGAAUCUAUACGAUGAGCUCAUUUCCAUUAAGCAAACGUUGGACAAUCUCCUCGUCACUCGUCGUUGGACCAUGCGUGAAACAGAUUUAUACAACUAUCAAAAGGCAUUGAAGCGCAUUGACGAAACUCGCUUGCAGCUCAAUCGGGAACUUGGCACACUAGGUCCUGUUGCUGUGAAAAACAUGAAGCGUGCACAGCUUCUCGUUUUGUAUCUUUUACGUAGAUGUUACUCCGUCAUCUACAAACUUUUGGAGAGUCUGGAACCUGUCUCUGAAUCUUUGCAGCCCCUUCACAACCAAUUAUCAACCGUUAGAAAAUGCUUGUUGGAGAUCAAAAGAGUUGACGGUUUGAAUAAUCUACGGGAGCUCUACCCCUUUCAAUUCAAGCUUGCAUCUCUUGACAACCUAAGGCAGGAUGGAAAGUUCACAGUAAAUAACCAGGUACCUGAAGGGCAAGGCACACUUAAUGCCUUGCUUGCUGAAUGUUUUGACAUCAUUCAUGAGCUCAAAAUUGAAUUAGAAGAGAAGGAGGAGAAUGAGGACGAAAAUAUGACUGAAAAUGAUAACGCAAACAAUGGGGAUAUAACUGACGAGGAUGACAAGGGCUCAGACGAUGAAGUUGAAUUGAAGCGCAAGAGAUAUAUGGGCUUCAAUGAGGCAGACUACGAUUUAGAAAGCGAGAGCAUAAAUGACCUAUCAAGUUUUAGUGAGAGUGAGUUUGAAAGCAAUGAUUACUACUGA